AACAAACUCCAAAUUGUGUUUCUCUCUUUUCCACUCACAUUUCCCCCUAAAUUUUCAUCUUCAUUCUUCUCCCUUCCACAGUCCACAGCCAAAACUCUCAAUGAAGAAGUGCAGCCUCCUCGCCGCCGCCGCAUCGGCCACCGUCGCCUCCCUUUCUUCCUCCUCCUCUCAUCAGGUUUGGAAGUCGCGGAAAUCCACUCUAACGGAGAAGUUCGCUCCAAAAUUUGAUGGCUUGCGUUUUAUUGAAACCCUAGUAACUGCGCAUAGAUGAGAUGAUGGUUUUCAAUUGCGCUUCGUGCUUGACACUCAUUCUUUUCCCUUAAUCAUUUUUAGUGAACAAUUUAUCUAUUUUUUUUAUCCUACUAGGAAAAUAGAGAGAAUUGUUUUUUGACAUUAUGAGAUUAUUAUUGUAUAGAACUUCUGGAAAUAAAAAAAAAAAAGUUAAAGGUUUCACCUGAAUCUGGGAUAUUGCAUCGUUUUGUUUGUCAUAAGAAACUAUGAUGAUUGUUUAUUUGUGGGAUAAAAAUACCUUAUUUG